UUCUUUCGGAAACAUUAACUCAAACGCGCUUUGAAUUGCGAAAGAUCAUAGAAAGUGCAUUCCUGGCGUUUGGAAAUCGAUUUUAACGCUACGUCAAGGUCGAUGAAUCUAGAAUUCACAUAUAAAUGAUCUCAUGGUCUGCCACGAUGUCGUCGACACUGUUACUGAGUUAUGUUUUGACGACAUGGCUGUUCGUCGCCAUAGGAGCGAUCACCGUAUCAAUAGAUCGCGCUGACAUUAAAGCCCCACCAACACGAUCAUCGAUGAUCGCAAACGGAUGGCGGCCACUGACUAAUUCCUACGAGGAAACGAUCGGCACCAACGUGUCGCCAUCCAGCUACCUAGAGAAGAAUGUCCAGGUGCAUCCUGUCCUAAGCAAGUUUCAAGAGCACAUGGCGACUUCAGAGAAACUGAAGCCGCCGCGGAAAGGCAAGCCGCCAGUUCACGAAUACAGUCCGCCGAGUAUACUCGGUAGUUUCACGGUGUUCGGACAUGCGGCGACGAAGGCGCGGGGCGAGACUAAGACGCCAAGCAAACCCUUGCGUGCUUCGGAGACCCAGGAGUAUACGUUCCUGCUACCACCGCCCAAGGACGCGUAUCGUUUCGAGGUGAGCCAAAACCGCAAGCCAAUCCUGCGCGACAACGGCAACUACCUACGACAGCCGCAGUUUAUCACAGCGCAGAAUGUUCAGCAACUGCCGGAUCCCGUGCGCGCCGCGACCUAUUUCAUCAAGAGUUACGCGUCCACCGAUCAUCCAUCGACGCAUGCCGUGAACCAUCCGAGCAAUCGUCCUUACAUACCGCCCUACGCUAUGCCGCAGGCGUUACAAUCCUCCCGUCAUCAGGUGAAACCGUUCGAGUCCCUGAAGGUCAACGGCAACGCAAAACCGUACUUCCAGCCACCUAGCGCGGAGAUUCCGGGCGACUUUGGCAAACAAAAGAUCGGCAACGAACGUGAUGCUUACGACAGAUAUCAGCCGCAACCGCACAACGCGCAGAUCUUGAACGCGGCGAGCAGCGGAAACUUCUACAGCCAAGUGAACCACUCUCCGAACGGUCACUUCAAGUCUUCCUACGAAAGAGACCCCGCUUUCCUGGUGCACGAAAGCCACGAGGUCAGCUACGUGACGUCUCCCGGUACGUACAACGCGUACAACUUCCGGCCCUCGUUGCCGUACGAGACUCUCCUGCCACCCGCGGUCUACACGUCUUCGUCGACGCCGUCGCCUACUACUGCCGUUACGCGGAAUCCUGGCAAAUAUAGUCAGACAGUUGAUGUCGCUCGCGAGAAUGACUACAAACGUCCGGAUCAGAGUCCGCGGAAGAAGCAGGAGAAACUCGGUGGACAGACCGAAUCACCUAAUUCUCGAACGACGAGCACUUAUUAUGUAUCGGAGCAACAGGAUCUGACACCGCCUACGUGGGCGAAAAACAAAUAUACGUCCGACAUAAACGAAGUUCUUCCGAGGGAGAAUCCGCCGAACAAGUUCAACCAAGAGAUCGUGAACCAGAAUCAGAUCACGCAAGUAUCGAAGCUCUACCAUAGACCGCAAAGCUCCUACAAUCCUGUCGAGGUUUACCCAUCGACGCCGAUAUCGGAUUAUGAGACACCCGAGAGUAUCUCUCUAAAGCACUUUAACGAGCAACAGUUUCUGCUGCAACAACAGCUGCUGCAGCGCGAUCGGGAUAGACUGGCGGAACAGGAGCGCCAGCAAAAACUGGAGAUUGAACGACAGCAGCAGGAGGAGUUGAAGAAACGGCAGGAAGAGCUAGAUCAGCUUUUACAACAGGAGAAGGAGGAGGAACAGGCGGCCAGACUGGCUGUGGAGUCUGCGAAAAAUCAAUCGCAGGAUAUCGUGAAGAUCUCGCCCGAUAUGCCGUACACGAUUCAACUGGCGCAAUUCGAACCGCAGGUCACUACGGACGUCAAUAUUCUUGUAUCGCAGCCCGAUGUUUACAAUGUCGAACAAUUAAGAUUACAGCCUCAGGUAUCGCAAAUUCCGGAGAAUCAAGUAAAUCAGAAUUAUCAAUACCAGCAGCAUAAGCAGAACGAGUAUCAAGAGCAACAGGUCGAUUAUCGCGAACCUCAAAUCGAGACACGGCCGUACCGUCCGCAAAAACCGUUCCGUGAUCCGCAUCGCCGUAAAAAACCAACGCCCGAAUCUUCACUGACAGAUUCACCGAGCCAAUCGCCGGAUACCUCCGUUCCCUUAACCCUUCACGUAGACGAAGUGCCCAUUCAGACAACGCUGGCACCAGAAGCGCAGACUUUGCCGGUGGUAACGACGCAGAAGCCGUCCAGAACUCGUCGUCCCGGUGUCCCAAUUCGACGAAGAAAACCUUCGACGACUACGGAGGAACCCGUUACAACGUCUUACACGGAAGAAGAAUUUCUCAAGUACAACAGAGAGGAAGCGCAGCACAAUCAGUACGAUUCUUCGCGAAGGAGACGAAUAAAACCCACCCAAGUGACUUACAACGAGGACAUAGUCGCAGAGAAAAGAGGCAAUAUCAGAAAACGACCUAGUUACCGAACCAGAGUGAAUCACGACGACGCCUUUGACGCGCAGAUCGUCACGGAGAGCGCACAAUCGUCGCUGAAUUCCUACGGACAGACGACGGAGUCUGCACCGAGUUACAAUGAGAAUAACCAGUUCGAGACAAAUCAGCCGAGCGUCUCGUACGUAACAAGUCAGCCAAUUAAUCAGUAUUAUGAUUACUCCUCGCAGCAAAGCGCGGGACCACGCGAGGAGCACCGUGAAGAUCAUCGCGAGGAUUAUCGCGAGGAUCAUCGCGAGGAUCAUCGCGAAGAUCAUCGCGAGGAUCAUCGCGAGGAUCAUCGCGAGAAUCACCGCGAAGAUCAUCGCGAGGAUCAUCGCGAGGAUCAUCGCGAGAAUCACCGCGAGGAUCAUCGUGAGGGUCAUCGCAAGGAUCAUCGCGAGGAUCAUCGCGAGGAUCAUCGUGAGGAUUAUCGCGACACCACCGUGCCAGUGCAGGAAUAUUUUACGGAGAUUAGCCGCGACAAAGUCGAGGACUACAAUGUCGACGUGCAUCAGAAAAAUGCGAACGUCGUUACUAAUAUACCGGAAGAUUUCUACGUGAAGACCGAGGGUAAUUACUACGAUCGUGCGACCACGAUUGCAUCGACGACUACGACGACGACGACCACUACUACUACUCCUGAACCGACGACGCAGACUCCCCAGAUUGUCUCUUCCACCCUGAGAUCUCAUAAGAUGCGCCCCUUGAGAUACGGCAAUGCUACCAGACCACGCUUCAGUAUCAAGGAUUACAAGAGCCGCUUGGAUUACAAGAGCCGAUUGUCUCAAGGUUCCACGACGGAGGCCGUGCCGACGCCCGCCGGCGAAACCUUGACACGGGUUUCUCAUAUCAAACAGAGAACGUCGAAUGCGAAGAAUCAACAGGCUCAACAGCCGGGCGAUACCGUCAGAGAGACCACUGGUAGAUACAAGUACGUCUCUAGGGUGAACUAUCGAACCACUACUACGCCGAGCUCGGUGGCCGCGAGGGAGUAUGAACGAUUUUCGGAGGAGACGUCCUCGACGACUGAAAAGAGCAACAAGUUUGUGCCAAAGAGACGGCCGAUUAACAGCAAUGUGUAUCGAAGCAGAAUUGCAUCCACCACGAAUAGUCCCACCCGAUCGCAAAUUAACGGCGAGACGAAUGUCAGGCAGAGCUCGACGCGACCCGAAAACGUGUACUCAUCGUCGAUACGCAAGCGGCCGGUCGUAAAGAGCAGGCUGCAUUCGCAUAAGGAACACGUGGCCACGGCGUAUCCAGAUAGUAAGCGACAGGAAGAACCUACGGAGAUGGCCGCUGAGGAAACCAGUUUUUACUCGGCUAUGACGACCGCCGCUUCAUCAUCGUCGACCACCCAUCUCGUGGGCAAUGAGAUUGUCAGCGUGAAGGAGGAGACCGCGUCGCUCGAUAACUAUCCGGUGCCACUCGGCGUGCAGGAAGACAAAAAUGAGGAUCACCGAAUUGAGACCGAUUCCCAAGACGAGAAGGUAAAAGCAGCAUUAAUUGACGCGACGACCAACGAUGACGAUCGCGGACAAGUCUCUGGCGACAAGCAGUCUAAUGAGAGUCGAGUCGAAAAGUCGGAAGUCUCCCCGUCCGUCGAGAGCAAGGUCGACUCGCCGCGAGAGGAAGAGUCGGAAACCGCGGAGACCACGACCAAGUUCGAUGUGCCCUCUGACGAGGAGGAACUAUUCGCCAAGGCGUCGCAGAGCGUGGCGGAUCUGACGAGCUCCGCGUCCGCUCUCUACGACAAGCCGGGCAUGUUCAAGGCGGUCUCACCGGAGAGCAGACUCGUUUCAUCCCAUUUCAAGAUCACCACAGACGAGCCGACGUUACCCAUCGAGGCCUUCUUUCAGGAAUUCUCGAAGAAGAAUUGAUGGUUUACGAAAAUAAUCCACUUUGCCGCGCGGCAACAGACUGUUGCCGAAUCAUACGGUCGAUAAUUCCAGAACGGGGCGAAGAAGCGUAGAAGAAUUUCCGAACAUUUUUGAUAAGCGAAAAGUCAGAGAUACGAUAUUUUCAAUAAAUAUAGACUUUGCAAGAAAAUUUAUAUUUCAAAACAGAAUGUAGAACACGUUACGUCAGGGAAGGGGCUACAAUUUUUUUCCAAGUAUUAUGUUACUUGUAAAGUCUCCUAGACCCGGAAGAGCGUUUCGAGAGACUCACUCAGACGAGAAGAACUCACAUAUAUUACGUCACAUAUACCGUAGCCUUAGGCGUACUUAUUUCCGUUUCUAAAGUAUUGUCAUUGCAAAGUAUUGUCAUUUCCGUCGUAGUAAAUUAAAAUGGCGUAUCGAGCGUUUCAACACGCGAUCAUCACAUUUCGAGCACACUUCCCAGUGGAUAUACGACUCUUUUAACGACUAAACGUUAUACCAAAAAUGUUAAGUCCGCGAAGAAGCGCCUCUGCAACGAUGAAAUUCCCGGAAGAGCAGUCGCGCUUUUUCUCGUACUCUCGACAGGACAUUGCGUGUGCAAUAUCUGUAAAAAAGCAAAGUAUUCGACCUGCUCAUGUCCUGUGGUAAUAUCCUUCGUAUACAUCCUUUUUGUACCUUUUUAUUCUAGGUUACUCAUAAAGGAAGCGAUACUAAAUUAGAAUAUAAAAUAUAACAAUGUAAUAAUUAUAAUGUCUUAUAUUAGUGUAAUCGCGAAUCAUAUCUCAUUGUAUUUAUUUGAAGCGUGCGGGAUCAUUCUCUAAAUCAUUUCUCGUUGUCACUUUCCGCGACGUCGAGAUGAGAAAACUAACGAACACCAAGAGAUAUUGUAAAUAUGAAUAAAUAGCGUAGAAAUUUUCAAUACUAUUUCCUGGGCGGAACAUUUUUUAAAAUCUUUUAUAUAUUAAGAAGGAAAAA